CACAAUGUAAUCGGAACAAAGGGGAUAACUGCAAUUAGUGCUGAACGUAUAACACAGGAAAAGCCUUUCGGCGCUCCAAUAGCCUUAACACGAACUGUUCCAUCAACAAACUGACGGAGCCCUCGGCAAACCGCAUAGCGCGCUCCAAGAAUUCAACUGCUUUUAGUGCAUCUGGCACAAACCAUCUGUUGUAUUCUAAACUAAGUAACCGUAUCAUCUAUACAGCGCUGCAUUAAAUCGGCUAUUCCACGCUAGGAAGGAACUGGCGCUUGCAGAAGGCUUCACAGCGGAAAAGAGCGCACUUGGUUCAGUUCAGUAAUAUCGAGCGUGCACUCAGUUCAGCCGCUAAGACUGCUGUAGAAGACGUGGCUCCUUUUCCCUGAGGCGCUUUUAAUGAUAUAGCUGAUUAUUCCUGAUUCCACAACUGUCAGAUGUAUUCUCUCCAAUCCAAGCAACGGCUUCACUGGCACAUAAGCAAGGCGGGCCAUAUGACCCCGGGAAUGACACAAAAACAUUAACAGGUGUAUGAAAAGGCGCAGAAAGAAAAAUAACGACUGCGUGAAUGUUUCAGGUCGAAGAUGAAGUCUUUCUCUGCGUGCUGAAGUCGGUCACGUUAUCCUGGUUUCCUAAUUGUUAUUGCGGCUACAGGGACGGAUAUAACUGGUGUUUUUUAACAGGGAAAGGGAAGGACGAACAGCCAACAAUCGUUUUGCUUUGGUUUUGAUGGGAUCUUCACCGUUUUCUCUGCGUGGAAAUCGAGCUGGCGGUUUCUCAUCCUCGAUCAAGAAAGUUUCACAGAACUGCUUUUUGUAAACCGUCUGCUUUUCUUUUAUCUCACAGAAACGCAUUUUAGCUCAUGGUCCUAAUUAGCACCAUCCCACGUGGCCAAUUUAUUAUCCAAACUAUGCCUUGCAGCUUUCCUUGGCAACUGGACUAGUCCUGGGGGGGUCAAACUGAUGGGGGAAGACAGAAAUGUUGUCCCCGAUGUACGCGCCAGAAAUGAAUGAGACCCUUCGUGGACACGAGCUCAUGAUGUUCCUCUAUUCCCCGGGUUACCAAGCAAAUUCCAGCUGUGACACAAGCUCCAUGCCCCUUUGCACCAGGAACGGCACUGGGGAGGUGCUCCAGCUGCCAACGUUCUCCACUGCAGCCAAAGCCAGAGUUAUCAUCACGUUCAUCCUGUGCAUCGUGUCUGCCAUCUGCAAUCUGGCCGUGCUGUGGACCGCCAGCACCAACACCAAGAGAAAAUCUCACGUGCGGAUCCUCAUCAUCAACCUGACUGUGGCUGACCUCCUGGUCACCUUCAUCGUCAUGCCUGUGGACGCCGUCUGGAAUAUCACCGUCCAGUGGCUGGCGGGGGACGUGUCUUGCAGGCUGCUGAUGUUUCUGAAGCUUCUGGCCAUGUACUCGUGUGCUUUCGUGACGGUGGUCAUCAGCCUGGAUCGGCAGUCCGCCAUCCUGAACCCUCUGGCAAUCAACAAGGCGAAGAAGAAAAACAAGAUCAUGCUCUCCGUGGCCUGGGCCAUGAGCGCAUUCCUAUCCGUCCCGCAGAUGUUCAUAUUCCACAACGUUACCAUCACCGUUCCUCAAAACUUCACCCAGUGCACCACCAGGGGGAGCUUUAGCAAGCACUGGCAGGAGACGGUCUACAACAUGUUCACGUUCGUGUGUCUGUUCCUCUUGCCUCUGGCAAUUAUGAUAUUCUGCUACACCAGAAUUCUCAUGGAAAUCUCCAAACGAAUGACGAAGGGCAACAUAUCUUCCAAGGAAGUGCACCUGCGUCGCUCCAAAAACAACAUACCGAAGGCACGCAUGAAAACUUUGAAAAUGAGCAUAGUAAUCGUUUCUUCCUUCAUCGUCUGCUGGACACCUUAUUACCUGUUGGGGUUGUGGUAUUGGUUCUCCCCAGACGUACUAGAGGAGACCAUCUCUCAUUCCUUAACGCACAUACUCUUCAUUUUCGGGCUCUUCAAUGCGUGCCUGGACCCUAUUACCUACGGGCUUUUCACCAUUCACUUUCGGAAAGGACUGAAGCGUUACUGCCGCAGCGCCACCGUGCUGGUCGAGUCGGAAAACAACACCACCCUGACCGCCUCCUUCAGGUGCUCCUUGUCCUCCUUCCGCAUGAAGAGACGGACCCCUCUCGGGCAAGAUGCGCCCUCAGCCAACAAGGAGCCGGAGAGCAAGACCUCCUCCCCCUUUAAUAAUUACCUCACGGUUUACCACGACAGCAAAAGCGACAGAAACCAAAUCGACCCAGUAAAUAUGAUAUAAUAAUAAAAAUCUGUCAGACAACGACGGGUAGAGAAAGCUUUAAGAAGAGACGUUUGCCGUCAACCAUCUGUGCAAUCUUAAUUUUCCUUUUGGUGUUAUACAGAAUAACCCGCAGAACCUUUUUUUUUUGUGAGGCUGUAUUUUCUGUAGAGCCAGAAAAAAUAUGUCCCAGAUACUGUAUUUCUGCCAGGGUGCAAUUUAAACUCAUCACGAAACCUGGAAUUCGUUGUUCUGAUAUAUUUAUGUGUGGAAAUGUGGUUACAAAUGCUGAAAAGGAAGGCAAAGUAAUAACCAGAGAUUGCUUUUGAUGUUUUGCUUUUGAAAAGGCAAGGAAACUAACACGAAAGGAACAAGUAAAGGUUUAUUCCAUGCUGAAAAGAGAAGAAAAGAAACAACGUUUCGGCUGAUGUUAGGCAAAAUACGAAGUUCUUACAGCUGUAUGAACUGUAUGUUGAACUAUUCUUCAAAUCCAAAUAAAAACAAAGGAGAAAUUAAGGGAAAAAUUAAAAGUGUGUUGCAGAUGAUUUCUGUAUAUGCUAGUGUAUUCCCAUGUACAUGAAAAUCAUAACUAAAAAGGUGACUGCCUAUAAAAAAAAUUGUCAGGGGCUUAAUCCAUGAAUAGCUUUUCAUAGUGUAUUUUUUAGACUGGCUCAUGCCUUCAGGUACUUGUCAUUUCAGUUCAGCAGUCUUGUUCUGCAGAGUGUAAGGGUUUUUUUGUGCACUGUGAUGGUGCUUAAAUGAAUAAGGUGUACUGUAAGUGGUUCUUCUGAAUCUGUGUCAAUGGAACAAGAAUUCCUUCACUUUUCACAGGAAUUCAGGGCAUUUUGCUAAUCUCAUUUGUUCAUCCUUAUUUAAUAUCACUCUUUCCUCAGAACUUUCAAAUUGAUUCACAGGGCCUUGUACAGAAAUGCAUGCCAGUCAAUGGUUUUCUAAAUUAAAAAUUACUUAGUGAGAACUGUAAAAAAUGUCAUAUGCCUGAGAUAUUUAUCAACUUAUUUUUUGCAAGUUCUUGACUAUUAAAUUAGGGUCUAUUUAAUCAAAAUGCUUAAAGAAAUACCUUUUUUGUAGUGUCGUAUAAGUGUUCAAUAUUAUUUGAACUGAUUUGUGGGACGUUCUGAAGUUCUAUGCUGCAAUUACAACUAACGUCUCAGGGAAACUACUGUACGUAGCUCAAAUACAGGUGAUCAGGCACCUUUUUGUAAUCUGGCUGGAGACAACACAACUGUAAAUUGUUAUUAACAUGUAAUCCAUUGGGAUCUGUAUUCUCAUGUGAAGUUCAUCGUCUUAAAUGUAAAGAGAAACAACACCGAACAAAAACUUUUGCUACAUUUUUAAAACGAUUUCCACCUGAAAAUGAAUGCAAUUAGAUCAAUUGUAAUUGACAAUUAUAAAUUGUUAGUGACUUGGAACAUAAAGCAGUAUAGCUCAAAAACAUUUGCAUCAAAAAACAAAACUGUCUCAGAGAGCACACUUUUCAUUUUACAAAAGCUUCUGUUAUGAGAACUUUUUCAAACUGUACAUUCACCCUCUCUGUAACUGACCACAGGGGAUGUAGAGUUUGACAAUGUGCGAAUGGACAACAGCUUACUGAGUGGAAAAGACCAGGGUAUGUGAAGUGCCUCAUGAAGUGAAAUGUUGGAUGGGUUCAGAUGUAUAUAAAAAUCUCAUGCUCAAUCUGUCCCGUGUUUAAACUUGUACAUUUCUGAAUCAGAAACUGAAACCUGAAAAAAAUUAGACUACCUUUCAGGUUAUGGCUUGUGAAAUUACAAUUACAGUCAUUGUUCAUUGUUCAAGUAAAUGAAAUACAAUUGCCUCGGUCCUCUUAUGCGCUGAUGACUUGAAUAGACUCUCUAAUGCAGUCUGAGCUUGUAUGUUUCUAAAGAAGAUUGAAAAGCAGUUUUUUCAUUUUAUUCUGUAUAUCGAAUAUUAAUAGGUGCUCCAUGCAGAAGCAAAGUGCAUUCAAAACUGAUCAUGAUAAGGGUUCUGGGAGAGUGGAACAAGUUCACCAGCCAUGUUGUUGAAGCUG